GGCAGUCUGUCACAGAUCCAGCAUAUCUUAUCUAGGUUGUGUCGUCUGUUAAGUGUUAAUAAUUGUCAAUAGUAAGUCACUUAGGUGGAAUCCUAAUGCAAUUACGCACGUUUUCUUCUUUUAUUUGAUUGUCAGUUAUCAGUGGUAAUCUGUGAAUUUGAAGCAACUGAAUUGUAUGUUACUCACACAAAAAGUGUUUACUUUUAACUAGGAAAUUGAGUUACGAGGGAAAAGGAUGAGUUUGUAUUAGUUAACAAAUUUAACUAGUGACUCUGGAAAGGCUGUAUGUAAUAAAAGUAUUCGGUGUUGCAUUUUGUUGGUGUUGUUUAUCCGGCGCAUUUUAUAUUUGAAACGACGUUUUUAUAAUGACUAAUCAUUUGGAAAAGUAUUUUGAAGUAGCACUGAAAAUCACAAAAGAAGCAGGAAAGCUUGUUAGGCAGAAAAUAUGGGACGUGAAGACAGUCAAAACCAAGGCUUGUGCUGUUGAUUUUGUCACUGAGACUGAUCAGCAAGUAGAGAAAAUGCUUAUUGAUGAGAUUUCAUCGCAUUUCCCUGACCAUAAGUUUAUUGGUGAGGAAUCAACAGCAGAGGGCAAGCAAAUUGAAUUCACAGACUCUCCUACUUGGAUCAUUGAUCCUAUCGAUGGCACGAUGAAUUUCGUACAUGGCAAUCCGAAUGUGUGUAUUUCUAUCGGCUUGCUGAUCAAUAAAGUGGCUGAGAUUGGCAUUAUUUACAAUCCAGUGUUAGAACAAUUAUUUACAGCUCGAAGAGGACAAGGAGCAUUUUACAACGAUAGACCGAUUAAAGUCUCAGAUAAAAAAGAAAUGUCAGAAGCCCUUUUAGCAAUAGAAUUUGGGACGAGUAGAAAUCCAGAAAAAAUGGAAGUUGUGCUUCACAAUGUAAGAAAACUUUAUCCCUUGGUUCACGGUAUGCGGUCACUGGGCUCUGCUGCCAUGGACAUAGCCAGUGUUGCAAUGGGUGGAGCGGAUGCCUAUUGUGAGUUUGGUAUUCAUGCAUGGGACAUGGCUGCUGGGGAAAUUAUAGUCAGAGAAGCUGGUGGUGUUGUUAUUGACCCAACAGGUGGUCCUUUCGACCUAAUGAGCGGGAAGAUCCUAUGUGCUUCUACAAAGGAGUUGGCAGAGGAGCUGAGUGCCUCCCUACAACAGUAUACUCCUCCUCGUGACCUUUAACAUUAGCCUGUUGCAAUAUCACAGUGUAUUGAACUCUCAGUUGCCUCAGUGUAUAAUGCAUCGCUCUCAGUUACCUCGGUUUGUAAUGUACUGCUCUCAGUUACCUUGGUGUGAAAUGUACCUUUCGUGAUGUAAUAUUCUGUAUUGUAUCAUUCCAGAAUUACCGAAUUUAGACUGACUGACACUGUACUUAGACCAAAGAUAUUAAAGAAUUAUUACUGUUGC